GAGACUACAAGCCAAUCAAAAUUCGUUUUGAGUGGUCACAUGACUUGUGCACCCAUGGAUCGAUAAGCGUUGCUCCGAUACUUCCGCUUUGGGAGGUUGUUACACAGUUUACUUGACGCCCAAACCAACGAGCAGUCUGCAACAAGUAGCCAAGAGGGAACUGAGGAAGCAAAAUCAGAAGAGGGGGCGAGAGUCUGUACCAGGACUCGAAGGACACCAAAAAUUUCUUUAGGUUCAGGUUGACCUGCGUCCAUCAACAAGAUGGGAGAACUCUUCAGGAGUGAAGAGAUGACGCUGGCUCAACUCUUCCUCCAGUCAGAAGCUGCCUACUGCUGUGUCAGCGAGCUGGGAGAGAUUGGGAUGGUGCAGUUUCGGGACUUGAAUCCUGAUGUAAAUGUGUUCCAGCGAAAGUUUGUGAAUGAGGUGCGACGAUGUGAGGAAAUGGAUCGUAAACUGAGAUUUGUGGAAAAAGAAAUUAAGAAGGCCAACAUUCCUGUCGUUGACACCGGAGAAAACCCUGAAGUACCUUUUCCGAGGGACAUGAUUGACCUAGAGGCCACAUUUGAGAAGCUUGAGAAUGAACUGAAGGAAAUUAACACAAACCAAGAAGCCCUAAAGAAGAACUUCCUGGAACUGACUGAGCUCAAGCACAUUUUGCGUCGCACGCAGCAGUUUUUCGAUGAGAUGGAGGAUCCCAGUUUACUGGAGGAGUCCUCCACUCUUCUGGACCCCAAUGAGCCUGCCAGAGUGGCUCCACUCAGAUUAGGAUUUGUAGCUGGAGUCAUCGGAAGGGAGCGGAUUCCCACAUUUGAGAGGAUGUUAUGGAGAGUUUGCAGAGGAAAUGUGUUCCUGCGGCAGGCUGAUAUUGAAGAUCCUCUGGAAGACCCAACCACAGGCGACCAAGUCCACAAGUCCGUCUUCAUCAUAUUUUUCCAGGGAGACCAGCUGAAGAAUAGAGUUAAGAAAAUCUGUGAGGGAUUCAGAGCAACAUUGUACCCCUGUCCUGAAACCCCCCAGGAGAGGAAAGAGAUGCUGGCAGGGGUGAAUGCUCGGAUUGAUGACCUGCAGAUGGUGUUGAACCAGACUGAGGAUCACAGGCAGAGGGUCCUGCAGGCGGCAGCUAAGACGGUCAGGGUGUGGUUCAUCAAAGUGAGGAAGAUGAAGGCCAUCUACCACACCCUCAACCUCUGCAACAUAGAUGUCACUCAGAAGUGUCUGAUAGCGGAAGUGUGGUGUCCCGUCUCUGACAUGGACUCCAUCCAGUUUGCCCUGCGAAGGGGGACGGAAAAAAGCGGCUCCACUGUGCCUUCCAUCCUGAACCGAAUGCAAACCAAACAGACCCCGCCCACAUAUAACAAGACCAACAAGUUCACCUCAGGCUUCCAAAACAUCGUAGAUGCUUAUGGAAUUGGGAGUUACCGUGAGAUUAACCCAGCACCAUACACUGUCAUCACCUUCCCCUUCCUAUUUGCUGUCAUGUUCGGGGACCUGGGCCAUGGCACACUCAUGACCUGUGCUGCUUUGUACUUUGUGUUGAGAGAGAGCAGGUUGAUGGCCCAGAAGAAUGAUAAUGAGAUAUUCACCAUGGUGUUUGCCGGGCGUUACAUCAUCCUGCUGAUGGGCAUCUUCUCCAUGUACACUGGCAUUAUUUACAAUGACUGCUUCUCCAAGUCCCUAAAUGUCUUUGGCUCUGGGUGGAGCGUCAGACCUAUGUUUGGAGAAAGAGGAGGAAACUGGUCGUUCGACACACUCACAGGUAACUCGGCUUUGCAGUUGGACCCGGCCAUAACGGGGGUGUUCAAUGGGCCGUACCCCAUUGGCAUAGAUCCGAUAUGGAGCAUCUCUGUUAACAAGCUGACAUUCUUGAACUCCUUCAAGAUGAAAAUGUCUGUGAUCCUGGGAGUCAUCCACAUGCUCUUUGGAGUAACUCUUAGUCUCUUCAACCACCUGUACUUCAAAAAGCCUUUGAAUAUCUACUUGGGUUUCAUUCCAGAGAUUGUCUUCAUGGCCAGUCUAUUCGGCUACCUGGUCAUUCUGAUCUUUUAUAAGUGGAUCUCUUAUGACGCACGCACCUCCAGGGAUGCUCCCAGUCUCCUCAUAGCCUUCAUCAACAUGUUCCUGUUCAACUACAGUGACCCCACUAACAAGCCUCUCUACAGAGGACAGAUGGGCCUACAAUCCCUUUUGGUGAUAAUUGCCUUGGCAUGUGUUCCUUGUAUGUUAAUAGUUAAAACUCUGGUUCUGAGAAGACAGCAUUUGUGGCGGAAACAUUUGGGCACACAGAACUUUGGAGGAAUCAGGGUGGGCAAUGGUCCCAGUGAGGACGAGGCUGAGAUCAUCCAGCAUGACCAGCUCUCACAGCAGACUGAGGAUGAACCUGAGCGUUGCCUUUUGUCACCUGCUUUCAAGGCCCAUGAGGAGGAAGAGUUUAACUUUGCGGAUACGGCCGUGCAUCAGGCAAUCCACACCAUCGAGUACUGCCUGGGCUGCAUCUCCAACACCGCCUCCUACCUGAGGCUUUGGGCCCUGAGUCUCGCUCAUGCCCAGCUGUCAGAGGUGCUGUGGUCCAUGGUGAUGCGCCUUGGCCUGUCUUCCAGAAGCUUUGGAGGCUUCAUCCUUCUUGCAAUUAUCUUUUCCUUUUUCGCUGUGCUAACAGUUGCCAUUCUCCUCAUAAUGGAAGGCCUGUCGGCCUUCCUGCAUGCACUGCGACUGCACUGGGUGGAGUUCCAAAACAAGUUUUACGUAGGGCAGGGCUUCAAGUUCCUCCCUUUUACCUUCGAAAGCAUCCUGGAUGGGAGAUUUGAGGAUUGAAAUAACUCUUUCUCUGACAGUCUGUGUUGUAUUGUGAUUGUUCUUCUUUCUGUUUGUGUUAUUAAGUUUCCACAUCUUAUAAUAAUUAUUCUGUUAAUGACUCUCCUGUCAUCAGGAGCAUACAUUUAAAAAGAAAUGUGAAUUCAGUCAUUCCUCAGUAUAGCCUUUGUGGUCUCUGAUGUCUUUGGUCUUGUCUUAGGUGAGUCUUUUUUAUUUUAUUUAGUUGUACUUAGUUUAUCAUUAUUUAUGCAUUGUUCUCUAUAUGAAACCUGCUAUUUUUCUCACAAACUGUGGCAAAACUGAUUUAAUGUAAAAAUCCGAGCUGUUCAAAUGUCUUUACUGAAUACGUGUUUUUCCUGUGUUCAUGUUUGUCUUCUCAACCUCGUUCUUCAGCAGUAGUCCAGAUGUGCACAGAGCAGCUCAUCCGUUUAAUUUCCAAAACAAAAACCCACACUUUGCAUGUUGCACAGUUAUAGAGCUCCAAAGGGAAUUCAGCUUAAAUUUAAUCAGGAUGCUGGUCAUUUCUUUGAAAAUGAAGAUAACCUGACUAUUAUUAUUCUGUUAUGCUCCAGCAUAGCCGCUAAUCCCUUUUCUUGGUUUUCUUUUCAUCUACAUGAAGGAAUAAGAAAGGGAGUCUUAAAAUGAAUCGCAUGUGAAUGAUUUGUAACAAUCCAGCACACUUGACAGCGUCCCACUUGUUCUGAUUCUGGUUCCUAACUCUUUUCUUUUUUUUUUUGUCUGAUAUUGUUUUGUCACUUAGAAGGGAGAAAGAACAGCUUACAACAGACAUGUUUGACUUAUUUGCACAAAAUGGUCAACCACCAAUAUUAAUAUUUUGUGCACCUCUUUGUCAAUAAAGCGGAAAGAGCUGGUUUAAGUUGACUUUUUGUGUUUUUUUUCCCUCUAUUUCC